AUGAGUCUAUUCCAGGAUCGAAAACAGGCUGCCUUAGAGAAUGCGUUGCUGCUUGCCGAUUUGAAGAAAUUUCAACUAGCCCUCAAAAAUGGUGCCAGAGUGGACCUGCGCGUGGGUGGGACUAACUACACGAUCUUCGAGACGGCUUGUAAUACCAAGGGAAGACAUGAGUUUAUCAGGGCAUGCUUCAAUGAGAAUUUAAGCGACCCAGACCCAAGACACAAGAAAAAUUCCGUGACCCACGAAUAUCCUAUCCACCUGGCCGCGUUGUCCAUGGACAAGGACAACCUGACAGCCCUGUUGGAUGGCUGUCCGCAACUUGACACGUUAGUGGAGCAGAGGUACAAGGAUAGAACGGCGCUAUUUCUGCUGUUCGAGCGACUAAGCAUUUCGAACAAGUCUAGGACAACCAAGUGCAUAGAAGUGCUGUUGAAUAAUGGGGCGAACAUAAACACCCACGAUCGAAAUCAAGUUACAGCAAUCGAGUUGCUACUCAGGGGAAAGGAGCUGUGGCGAAAGCAAGUUCUGCAACACUUCCUGAACACUGGCAAAGUAUUACUGCACCCCGAGUUGAGACGAAAGAUUCAACGGGCAUUUCCAGACAUAAAGCUACCGGAGGGCGACGGCAGACGUUUACUAAAGUGGACGCAUAAGCUGGAAACCGACAGUGAUCAAGAAUGUAUCGAAGACUAUGAGCGCGAGGCAACUAAGGAUCAGUUUACGGCGGAGGAAACCAGAACGAUGCUGUCGUCGGCCAUCUCCCACGAUAAGGAGCAAAUGGCGCAAAAACUGUUAGAAAAAGAAACCAACACCAGUGAGAGCAAAGCACUGCUGGCGCACGGUCUCGUCGUUUGCUGCAAGUAUGGUAAGGAUUAUAUCCUCGAAUGUCUGCUCAAAAAGAUCACGUCCGAUAUGGUUGAGGUGAUCAACGAAAAUCUACUGCUUUCGAUGCUGACCAAGCAAAUCAACGGAAAUUCAGACAAGCGACAGUGCGGCUUCUUCAAGUGCAUGGAAAAGUUGCUGGAGGUCUCGCGGAUCGAUGUCAACAAAAUUGACGACAAGGCUUUUACCGCGCUGCAUUACGCGGUCAAGUUUCGGCUGGAGCACGUACAGGAGUUGCUACUCAAGAAUGGCGCCUACCUUGGUGGCAAAGAUCUGUUCGGUCGGGCGCUGAUCUGCGAGCUGAAUCCGUACUUGCUGUACCAGCACCUCAACCGAUGCGUGACCGAUAACGGAACCAACCCGGACGACCAAGACUAUAUGAUAAAUGUGAACUUUCGUAACUUCCAGUCGCCGACGCAUACCGACGAAAUGUUACCAAUUGUGCGAUUGGCUCAGUCGUCCGCCGGCAGGGAGCUCCUCGGUCACCCAGUGCUUGCCAGUAUCCUGCUGAUCAAGUGGCUCCGAAUCAGUGUGUUCUUCUACCUGAACCUCAUCAUAUGCUCCAUGUUCUUCUUCUCUUUCACGGCAUUCAUGGUGUUUUACUACGGCACUGAUAGCCACAAUCUUGACAUGUGGUACUUCCUAGCACCCACCUUUUUGGGGCUAGCGUACAUAACCGUCCGAGAGAUCACCCAGUUUGUGCUCAACACACGCUCCUACAUCAGAUCAGUGGAGAACCACAUCGAACUGAUGCUGAUCCUAUCCUCAGCGGCCGCACUGACACUCCACUUCACCUCUGGUGAUGCUCAAAUACGCAACAUUGCCGAAGUGUGCGCCAUCAUGCUGUCCGCGGUGGAGUUCACGGUGCUGCUGGCCACGAUUCCUCGGCUAUCCUUCUGCACCCACAUGGUGAUGCUGAAGACGGUGGCGAAAAACUUCAUUCAGUGCCUUGCCCUCUACUCGAUGAUUCUGGUGGGAUUUGCGAUCAGUUUCUAUACCCUUUUCCGAGGGCCCAAUGGAAAUGGUGGCGCAAUGAAUGGCAAUAACAACGCGACUGACACCGAAGAAUCUAACCCGUUCAACGAGUUCGGAAUGCUUUCGAUGGCUCUACUGAAGACUACGGUCAUGAUGACAGGGGAGUUCGAGGCUGCCGAGUUGAAACUUCAUCAGUCGUGGGGAUACUACGUACUAUUCGGGUUGUUCCUCUUUUUCGUCCCGAUUGUGCUGUACAACCUGAUGAACGGUUUAGCCGUCAACGAUGCUGCGAACAUCCAAAUGCAGUCGGAGCUUAUCGCCAUCAGGCAGAAGGUAUUUGUCAUCAACAGUUGCGAAAGUACGCUAAAGGCUUUCAAUCGCAUGCGAAAGGUAUGGAACCGUUGCUUCGAUGGCCAACCGGGAGAAAUGAUGAACAAUUUCGAAUACAUCUGCAUCAGUCCGAACAAAGGCAACAGAAUCCUGGUGCCAUGUACGGUGAUUCCGGAUAACACGCCGAACGUUGACGAGCCAGAAUUGAAGGCAGUGACCGUGGUUAAUGGUAUAACUGCUGAUGUGGCUGCUGCUCAAGAAGCUCCCACCAAUGGAACGGCUCCUGCUCCACAAGUGGCCUCUACUGCAGAUAAAGCUCCCGCUACUGAUGGAACCUCUACUGAUGGUGGGGCUCCUGCUGCUACUGAUGCUGCUGGAGAGGUUGUUCUUGUUCAACCAGCCCCUAUUCCCGAGCCGAUUGUUGCGGCAGAGGCGACCACCGAAGACACCGGGAUGCUACAUCAUCUUUCCGAUUCUGACCAGGGGCCAAACUUAUCCGAGCUGCCCGGCAGAAUGGACCACACGGUCGUAACGGCCGCACUUGGCAUACUGUGCUCGAAAGACGACGAUGCAACCAACCAAGAUCUGAAGAUGCAGCAAAGCAUCUAUCACUUAUCGCAGGAGAUCGCCACUAUGAACAACCUGCUUAUGGCCAAACAUCAGCACGAGUUUCCGCAGCUGGGUAGUUAUCCCAUCCAACAAGCCGGUAAAUACGGAGCGUAG